GCUCUCCCCAUUCCUGUCCACUUCCCCAGAGCUUGGCCGCUCGUUGUCGACCAGCUUCUGGAAUCAAGUCCCAUAUAGAUAUCCUCACCACGAAAAACAAGAUCGGUACUCAAAAUCCCAACUCCGUUUGCGUGGCCUGAUUCUACGGCUCUUGGAGUGCGAAGGCUGACGCGUCCAGAAUAUAUAUCAUUACGCGUCCACAAUAUCCAUCAUGACGCGUCGUCUCUUUAAGAGGACCUAUCUCAUCAGGAAACAUACAGUCCUCUCUUUCAUAUCACUCAAAUGCUUCGCUCCUUCGCCCAGCGGUUUGCGACGACGGGCCCGCUGAGCGAACUCCAGCACCGGUCGCAGGAUCUAGCUGAUGACACCGGGAAUCUCUCCGACGCGGCUUGGGGAUCCCAGGCUGGGUUCGGCAACAUCGCGCAGGGCGCACCGACCUUCUCGCUCCCAGCCGUCCCGGACCCGACUUCUUUCCUCCGCCUGCACACGGACGACCAAGCGGAUCCGAGCUGCAGGAUCAAGAUCCAGCACGGUACGACGACGCUGGCGUUCCGGUACCAGGGCGGCGUCAUCGUCGCUGUCGAUUCUCGCGCCACGGCCGGGAGCUACAUAGCGUCUGGCACCGUCAAGAAGGUCAUCGAGAUCAACCCUUAUUUGCUGGGCACCAUGGCCGGCACCGCAGCGGAUUGCAUGUACUGGGAGACGUACCUCGGGAUGCACUGCCGGCUGCACGAGCUGCGCGAGGGCCAGCGUAUUUCCGUCGCCGCCGCGAGCAAGUACCUGAGCAACCUGGUAUACAGCUACAAGGGUAUGGGCCUGAGCAUGGGCACGAUGAUCUGCGGCUGGGACAAGACGGGGCCAUCGAUCUUCUACGUCGACGGAGACGGCACGCGACUGCAAGGCGACCUGUUUUCCGUCGGCUCUGGCAGCACCUUUGCGUACGGUGUGCUGGACCAGGGGUUCCGCGCGGGGCUGAGUGACGAGGAGGCGUACGAUCUCGCGCGUAGGAGCAUCUACGCCGCGGGACACCGGGACGCAUACUCCGGCAACAGCUGCAACCUGUACCAUAUCAAGGAAAACGGAUGGGUGCAUGUAGGAACUUAUGAUCUGUCGGAGCUCCACUUCGAGGGACCACACGACCAGCCUGGUAGAAAAGGUUAUGCGUACGACAUUCGUGUCAAAGGAUACAGUUCAUCUGAUCGAUCCACGGUCGAGGGAGGAGGGUCUCAGAAAUAUCAAUAGCUUCUUCAUUACAAAUGACAUUGGAUCACUGCUCCCUGAUCACUAGACCGCCACCACUCGGCUGUGUCGGCCUCCUGUCCGUCCUCUAGCAAGUUGAGUUCACCAAAGAAGCGCUCGGGCAUCAGAGGGACCGGGACGAAGUCCAAAGCCCACUUGCUCUCUUCCACAGGAUAAGUCUCGACCGCGUCCAUCCGGCUCAUUGCCGCUAUGGACUCUCCCGGUGGGUCGAACGAUAGCGUACUGACCACCUCGGACAUGUUGGGCACAAUAUUCGGUCGUUCGUCGAGGGCAAACGUAAGCGGAGACCGACUUUCAAGCAGAUCCACUCUGGAUAGUGGUACCCGAGUGCUGCGGACAUCAAUGAGGGACAAGACUUGAUGAUUCGGGCUGGUAGGCGUCGUUUUGUACAGUAGAGCGCAGACUGCAUCACGG